AUGGAGUGCCGACUUAGCUUUCGAAAGCUGAGGCGCGCCCUCCGGAGCCAAGGGGUGGACAGCCUUCAAGCGAAACCUUUGGGCCUGGCCUCCCCAGAGGAAGCCGAGGAAUCCACUGGCUGCCAAAUGGGUAUGGUCCCUCCAGUUUGCAUUGAACCCAUGCUGCCGGUGUUUGUGGACAUGCAGCUUUUCGAAGUUGGCUGUCCGAGCCACGUGGUCGUGGGCGCGGCGCAUCCGGAUCUGCAUCUUGCAAUUUCAUCACGUGUUCUUCUCGGCGAAGCCGAGGCGGCCAUCGCUGACCUCUCAUCGGUGCCUGGCGCAGAUGACUCGGAUGAACCGGCUCCGGUCUCGAAGUCCGCCCCGGUUCUAUUCCCAUUGCGGGCUGGUGGAGGUACCGUGGUGCACGCGGUCGUGUUGAUCGCAGCCGUCCGUCGUUUGUCUCGUCAGCUCUUGUUCGCGGAUCUGCUCCCUCCUGGGUCUGACCGGGAUGCAGACCGAAGCAUCUGGUUGUCUCCAGACGGUUCCGGUCGGCCCAUGCGUCUUCAGCUUCUCGUCGGCCGCUCGCUGGCCGAGCGCGUUGGACCGAGCGGCGCAGCGGCGGUCAUUAAAAGACUGCGAGCCCAACAGUUGAUCUAUGUUGCAGGGCGGCUGCAACUAGAGGAGCUUGGUGAGCAGUACGGAAAGGCGACCCCAUCGGCCCCAGAAGAGGUGCGAAAGAAAAGAGAAGCUCAAUUCGACAACGGGAUUGUGGACAUGGUUGCCGAGCAGAUCCGCAUCCUCGAGGAGGUCCACGUGCCCUCGCAACAAGACGUGGGAUCUGCCAGGAAGGUGGGUGCAAAGAAGAGUCAGGUGCCGCCGGCACCAGAUGAACCCACCCUUCCACUGGCGAUCUCCGACGCCGUGCACCUGGUGUCGGAGCCCGUCGGCCUCCGCAAGUUGGAGAACGUACUUCGAGAGAGGCUUGCCGGCUCUGCAGAUCUCCCAGACUCGGAUUCUGAGCAGCCCAAUACUGCGACAGUGACGCCGCUUCUACCCGUCGUCGGAAUAGAUGCAGAGUGGCGUCCGAAAUCCCCCAACGGCAUUGCCCUUCUCCAGCUGUCCUUCCGGCGGAGCGUAUUCCUCCUGGACAUGGUCGUCCUGCAGGAGGAUGAGGAUCUUUGGAACCGCGUGGCCAGGAUUCUUCGUGCAGCUCUGGAGUCUGAGCGCUUGUACAAGGUUGGAUUCGGGCUGGAUGUGGAUUUGCAGCGGCUGGCGGUGACGCUCCCGGCGGCCAUGCCUGAAAAAGUACACAACAUCAUCGAGCUGAGGCGGGCCUGUGGGGGUAUAGGCGGGGGUUACAAGGGGAAGGGGGGUAGAAGGAGGGGGGGAGGUCUAAGGAGGGUACAACGGGGAUAUAAGGGGGGGGGGGGGGGGGAAGGUCUGAGGUACAAGGGGGUUUUGAAGGUUGAGGCUUUGAGGGUUAUGGUUCUUUGUUUGAUUGAAGUUUUCGGCCUGGGUCCAGGCUCUCGUGGACGUGUCAACUAUUUGCUUCCUAAGAUUUCCGGUCUGACAUUUGCCUCGAGCCCCAAAACCCACUUAGCGUACGAGCUAGGUUUGAGGGUUUAA